AUGGUUACCAGAAGACGGUCUAAUAGGCGUAAGGGAGAUAAUCCAGAGGAGGCAUUACAACAACGUGUCGCAGCAAACCGUCGUGAGCGACAACGAACAAAAGAACUAAAUGAUGCAUUCGCCAUUCUGCGACGAAUUGUUCCCUCGUUACCAUCUGAUAAAAUGAGUAAAAUUCAUACACUACGUAUUGCUACAGAUUAUAUUCGCUUUUUAGAUCAGAUGAAUGGCGAUGGAUGUCGUCUGUUCGGAUGCGAGAUGCAACUUUGUGAUGGUAAUUUGCAAACGACAUUCAACAUGUGGAGAGGUGGAAUGGCUUCCCUUCCACAUUAUUACUCAACCGAUGACACAUCACCGAUGCAAACUUUCAUUAAAACAGAAGAAGAAAAUGGUUGGUUUAAUGAAGGUACCGAAACAACUCCGCCCGUAAACGCAACUACAACAGGAACAGAAACUGUGUCAACAGCAGCGUCAUCCGUGGAACAAAGAAGUUCGAUGUAA